AGCAGCCCCGUGUCCCUGUUGAUGGCAUCCCUCUGCUAGCAAGAGGGACAACGUGACCUCUCGUCCCCGCCUGCCACUCUGUCUGAAGGAGCAAGGUGUCCUUGCCGGCUCGCUAUCAGCCACUGUAACCAGGGAAAAGGGGAAGGCCGUGUCUCAGGACACGCCAAUAACCCAGGGGCUGCGGUGGAGCUCAUCCUGCAGCACAGCCUGUCGCAGUGCCGCUCGCUAUGGACGGAGCACACCAGCGCUGCCUCCUCCUCCUCCUGCUGCUCUGCUCGCUCCCACAGCCGAGCAUCCCGGGCCCGCCGUCACCUCCGGAUGAACCCCAGGAGCCGCCGCUGCCGCCGUCGGGCGCCGCUGAGCCCAGUGCCGACAUCCUGCGCGGCCGCCCCUCGGCCCCGGCGCGGCCAUACAGCCUGUCGCUCUCACCUGAGGACUACCACUACUACCCCAAGCCACGGCACCUGCGGCCCGGGCAGCUGCGCCGGCUGCUGGGCUCAGCCUUCGACCCGUUCUGGAUGGCCACCGCGGAGCCGCGCCGCCGCAACACCAGCAGCGGCGACACCCUGGAGACCCAGAGCCGGGACCUGGCGGACGGCUCCGGGCGCUACCGCCGCAAGCUGUGGCGAGAGGCUGAGGGGCUGGAGCUGCCCCCUGAGCUGCGGGGCGCCGCGUCCCGCAGCCUGCGGCAGUGGUUGGUGGAGCAGGCUGCCUGCCGCCUCACCUCCACAUGGGUUGACCUGGGAGCUGUGUUCUGGCCGCGCUGGGUGCGCCACACUGCCUGCGAGACCGGGCCCCGCAGCUGCUCCUGGCCCCCCGGCAUGGGCUGCCGGCCCGCACAGCUCACACACAUCAAGCUGCUGGCCUGGCACUGCUGGGCCGUGCAGCACCCCGGGCCCCCUCGCUGUGCGUGGCGGCAGAUCCCAUACCCGGUUGUGGCCGCCUGCAAGUGCUCCUGCCGCUGAGGGGGUGCAGGAGG